AAAAUAUUUAAAAACAAAUUAUAACUUCGUGGUUUUCAAUUGAUUUAAAAACAUUUCGAUAAUUUCGCUAAUUAGUGAUUGAAUAUUUGGUCAUUGCGACUCGCGAGAUAUGAGCAAAAUAACAUUAGCAUUUAACUCAACUGUUCGUUAUGUGCUUAAUUUUAAUAGAUUUAACCAUGUAUCACGCUUGACUAAUAAAAUUCUUGAACUUAAUUUAAACUCAUGGAUUAAAUAUAAAUCUAUAAUUACUUCUAUGAAAUUGUGACCAGCCACGAAUCAAUGUAUCCAAACAUUAAGCUCAUUCCUGCAAUAUUUCAACGAACUAAUAACUAAAUAUGCCCUCGCAGUCGAUCUACGUAAAUGCAAUCCGAUUAUGGAACAGUCUACCACAUUAACUUAAAACAAUUAGGAGCGCAACUCUAUUUAAAAAAAAGUAAAUUAAAUUUACAAAUAAUAAAUAUUAUUUUAAAAAUAAACAUAUACAUUAAAUAUUUUAAAAAUCCGUCAAAUAAGAUAGUUUCUAGGUGUUAGUCUUUAGUCAAUAAUGUUUAUAUUUAAUUUUUUUAUAUUAUAAUGACCAGUGCCUUAACAAUAAGCAUAUGCUUGCAGCGCUGGGCUAAAAUAUUGAAUAAAAUAAAAAAAAUAAAAUUUCAGAUUCACGGUUUCAAUUUUAUUAACGAUGCCUUAUAAGCACACAAAUCGGAAUAGAAUUGUUAUAAGGAAUAUUUAAAUUUUGCAAAAGCUGCAAGGGUAUAUAGACAUCAGCUUGCCGAAGAUUGCUUUCUUUCUCGUUAUUAUUGAUGUAUACACACUCGUAAUCACGUCUUGAGUCCUUAAAAAAUUCACAAAGAAUUUUUGCUAACUAUCUUAUAAUUUUAUUCACUAAAACCAGAUGUACUGAAUAAAAAAUGCAAACUAAUAAAUAAUGCAGGGUCAACACAUGCUAAGAGCGAGCAGCAACUCUUAAAAUAUCUAAAAUGAUUGGGCGUUGCCAAGCUUUAAAAUAAAAUUGCGCAGGCGUAACUUAAAUCCACGAGUUAACUCUGACUUUGGCAUUACAUACCUUAAUACUUUUCAACGAAGGCGACAUAAUGGAAUACCAAGUGAAAGUUGAUACGUUUUUCAUUCUCUUUGUAAGACUACAAAACAAGAGGAAUCAGUGCCGGAGGCUAUAUUUGGUCCAGGAGAUUGCUUUGGAGACGUAGAAAUGGUUGAGGACUGCCCAAGGAUGAAUUCUUAUCAGCCCAUGUUUGUGAGGUCCUAUCGAUUUACGACGUGGACUAUGAGCGCAUUUUAAAACCAUUUAUGUUAAAACAAUGGGACGAAAAGAAGCUUGCCUUAAAGGCAUUUGACUAUUUUGAUUUUCUAAACCCGGAGCAGAUCAUUCUCGCCUGCAAAUACGCCUACUUGGUGCAGUACGAACCUUUGGAGACCAUUUACCUGGGGGAUAAAGGCUCCCUGGGCUUCGUGCGAUUCGUUCUUAGCGGAGAGUGCGCCAUCUUGCAGUGCUUGAAUAUGACGGCCACCCACAAAGACGGAAAGACCAAUUACGAAUUGACCGAAAUCGACAAGGAUAAGGAGGGACUUGAUAUGUUUCAGUUCUGGAAGGACCUUAGCAUGCACUCUUCGUUUGUGGACAUCCAGGAUAUUCUGGCCUCGUCCUCCUCCUCCGAAGAGGUUGAAGGUGCCACCAAGAAGAAGCAGACGAUGCGCAAAAUGGGACUCAACGAAAUUCAAAAGAACUGUGGCAUACGCACCUCUGUCACACCAAGUCGAAAAAAAGCAAAACCAAGGAGAACAAUGAACCUGCAGGCUCAGGCCCAAACCAGGAAAACACAAUUAAUUCAGUCACUGCGGCGGGGAACUCCUUGGCUGCCGGGCGCUGCACUGGGUUCAUACGGGAGCGACGACUCCCUGGACGACAACGAAGACGCCUUCGAUUACGGCGAAGAUCUCCUUGAUGAGUACGCCUCGGAUGACAGCAGUUAUGAUUCGGACAACGUUUCCAUGGACAGAACCAUGGUGCAAGUUCAGCUUAAGCGACGCUCCGCCAAAAGUCUUGAGGCGGAGAGCAAGGAGUCAAGUACAUCAUCGGAAAUAUUCACGGCUAGUUCCUUCUGCAACGAUAAAACCAGUUACGAUGGGACAAAGACAGGUGCUGUCCCGGCGGAGACACACUUUAUAGACGUGGGCUCACUGACCUAUGGAAGCAUCUUUGGUCUGGGCGAAAAAAUGGAACAUCGUGUAAUUAUGGCCCGCACCGUUGUACAGUGCCUGCUCAUCCCGCGCUUCUGGUUGCUCGAAGAGGAGCAGAAUCCGGGCAACAUUUGGCACCGCCGCAGGUUCUACUUUGAGUGCAAUGUGCCCUCGCGACAGGAUCUGUUCACCAACUUUCUCAAGACCCGGCAGUGGAACAAAUUUCGACACGACUACAUUCAAGGCCUGCUAAACCGCGAGGAAAAGGGCAACAUCACCAAGGAGGAAGAUAUUCCAAUCAUGUGCUGCAUCGUAGAGACAAGCGAUGAUUAA